AAUUAUUGGUUCAAGUAAAACUAGCGGGAAAAUAAAUCAUGUAAUAUGUCCGCUGCCGUCUCCUUUUGAAAGCUUAGAAGGCUUCCUCGCUGACAAAAAUCUGUGGUUCGUGAAGGUUGGCUAAGCUAACGGCUAACCUGCUAGACUGUGUCGUUACAGGAGCGGACAGCUGGGACAAACAGCUCCAAAGAUGGUACAAAACUACAAACAGACAUCCGGCGCCUGCUCGCCAACCAACACAGAAGAGUUACUCACACCAGCACACGAGGAGAACGUGCGCUUCAUUCAUUACACCUGGCAGUGUGUGAUGAGGGAGAUGCAGUCUUUCCAGGGAAGUGAAAACAGCAAUAAAGGACCCCAGAAAUAUGUGGAGAGGACACCGAACCCCAACCUGAGCUCGUUCACACCAGUGGACUUAAACGACGUCAGGCGGCGGAACACGCAGGACUCCAAAAAGUCUUAGUGAAAAAGGCGAGGGAUCCCGUCUGCCUGCACACAUCUCCAGCAAACGCUUUUCAUUUUUAAAUCGACUUUGUACGAGGUUUCUCCUGUCCUUACGCAGACACUGCCGCCUCCUGAGGACCUGCACCCCUUUUACCUGCAUUCACUCUGCUGUAAGGUUAUGCAAGUAACGGAGGCUCUGCAUUCUUCCAGCUAAUUUCUGUGCUCAGAAUGGGACGGCAAUUUGUCAAUGAUGGCAAACAGUCUUCCCAGCCUGGAACAUGCUAACUUGGCUCAUGUGCUUCUGUAUCAUUGGAUCAGUUACAGUAAAAGACUCAAGACGAUCCUGGAUCAGUACACUUCAUCAGGUACUCGUACACCAUGAAGCAGAAAUGCUGAUCUAGGAUUCUGGCCCUGUUUAAGGUGGUUCUAGCCAUAAAAGUGGGUUCUGCAUCAGCUCUUCUGCUCCUAAAUGCUUCAAGCUUUAAAGCCCAUAUGAUAUAUUUCCAUAUAAUUGUAUGUAUUAGAUUGUAAAAUACAUAGUUGCAGUUUAUUAAGUACAAACACUUUAUAUCUAAACUAACUGGCCACUUUAUCGGAAACACCUGCCUUAAAAGUCUAGAGACUAUAGCCCGUCUUAUUGGUGCACAAUUUAUCAGCCCCUCUCUAUGAUUGGAAUCACCAUUGACCAGAUAUUAUUUGAAUAAACAUACCAAGUGCAGCUAUAUGGUAGGUGUUUCUGAUAAAAUGGCCAAGGAAUGUAGCUACAAAGUAGGUGGAGAUGAUAAACUGGCAACUCAAUGCAUAUAUAUGCAUUUAAAUAUGAAUCUUUAUCCUGGAUCAGCACUCUUGCACUGCAGAAAAUGGUAUGUUGUCAAGUAAAAUGAUCUUAAUUCUAGUCAAUGAAUCUAAUAUUUCUCCUGGUGAGAUUCUUGUAAGCUUAUUUCAAGAUUAUUUAACUUGUUCCCAAAUAUAUUAUAAUUGUUUUAAGUGAUUUAUGAACUUUAUCUCACUAUAUUGGCAGAUAAUUUUGCUUAGGUAAUGUAUUUGAAACCAGCAAAAUUAUCUUCUAGUAUAGUGAGAUAGUUUUUCUUGAUAAAAUUACUUAAAACAGGUAAAAAUGUCUAGAAAUGAGCUAGAUAAUCUUAUAAGUGCACAACCAUCUCAACUUGACAACAUUAUUGCAGUGUAGUUUGAGAAUAUCAAGCCCUGGACAUUUUUUCCAGUCCUCCAGAGCCAGCAGAGCAGCGACUCGAGCAUGGAUUCGUCUCUGCUUCUUCCUUUUCUUACCUCAGCUCGGGGCAGCUAAACCUACGCACAAGCCCAGCUGCAGACUGACUACACUUUCAGGCCUUUUCCACUGAGCUCCUUCAGGCUCCUCACACUUCCAGGUUGUAUAGGUUUGAACAGAUCGCAAGCACUUCCCUCCCCGUCAUUAAGAAGCCAUAAUCUCAUCUUCCUUUAACUGUUUUGUCAGUUGCUUAGCUGGGCCCUUCUCUGAUAACUCGAAAGUGUUUUUGUCUGUCGUUUUAAGUUUUAGUAUUUCUCUUGACCCUUGUGUGGUGUUCAGGUCUGUGGGACCCAUUUUCAAUGUUUACCAAAAGAAAAAAUGAUGCGAUUUAUUAUUAUUUCCCCCAUAUUCCUUGGCCUUUGCUCAUUUUCUGUGAAGAAC